AUGGAGGCUCAAAAUCAGAAUUUGAAGACAACACUGCCAUUAUCUUUAGGAAGAUUUCACAUUUCUGAAGAUUAUGGUUUUCUUCUCCCAAAUCCUCUGAAAGAACUUCCAGAUCAUUAUAAGCCUUGGAUGGAAAUUGCCAACAAGCUUCCUUACUUGAUUGAGAGUCACCAGCUCCGAGCUCUUGUGAACAAGAUGCCCCUCUUGAACUGUCAUUUCCUGAAGGGUUACAGAGAACAGCGCCUGGCCCACUUGGUCCUGAGUUUUAUCACCAUGGGUUAUGUCUGGCAAGAAGGAGAGACACAGCCUGAACAGGUUCUGCCAAGAAAUCUUGCCCUGCCCUUUGUUGAGAUCUCCAGGAAGCUUGGGCUUCCUCCUAUCCUUGUGCACUCGGACUUGGUGCUGACAAAUUGGACUAAAUGGAAUCCAGAAGGUCCCCUGGAAAUAAGGAACCUGGACAUCAUCCUUUCAUUUCCUGGGGGAGAAAGCCUGCGUGGUUUUAUACUGGUGACUGUUUUGGUGGAGAAAGCAGCAGUGCCUGGGAUUAAGGCCCUCGUUGAGGCUGUGAAUGCCAUCCUACAGCUCAGCCAGGACUCCCUGCUGGAAGCCUUGCAGCAACUGAGACUCUCCAUUCAGGACAUCACCAGAGUCUUGGAACAAAUGCAUGAUUAUGUAGAUCCAGACAUAUUUUAUGCAGUCAUCCGGAUCUUUCUCUCUGGAUGGAAAGAUAAUCCAGCAAUGCCUAUGGGGCUGAUAUAUGAAGGAGUCUCCAAAGAACCCCUGAAAUACUCUGGAGGGAGUGCAGCUCAGAGUACAGUGCUUCAUGCCUUUGAUGAAUUCUUAGGCAUUUGCCAUAGCAAGGAAAGUGCUGACUUUCUGCAUAGAAUGAGGGACUACAUGCCUCCUUCCCAUAAGGCCUUCAUAGAAGAAAUGCGCUCUGCUCCUUCACUGAGAAAAUACAUCCUGUCCUCAGGAAACGGCCAACUUCUUGCAGCCUAUAACCAGUGUAUGGAGGCCUUGGCAGAGCUGCGCAGCUAUCACAUCACUAUGGUGACCAAAUACCUCAUCACAGCUGCAGCCAAAGCAAAGGUUAGGAGGCAAACCCAUCUCCCAGGGCCACCUAAGGCUUUAGAAGAGAGAGGCACAGGUGGAACUGCUGUUCUGAGCUUCCUAAAGAGCGUCAGGGAUAAGACUGUAGAGUCAAUCAUCCACCAAAAUGUUUAA